CCGCACUUCCGGCACUUCCGCCCCGCUGAGCCCCGGCACCGCCGCGUCCUGCGAUCCGGCCCGGCGCGCCUCGCUCUCGGGACACCAUGGUGGCGUACUGGCGACAGGCCGGACUCAGCUACAUCCGGUACUCGCAGAUCUGUGCAAAAGCUGUCAGGGAUGCACUGAAGACAGAGUUCAGAGCAAACGCCGAGAAGGUAGCGGGUAGCAGCAUAAAAAUUGUGAAAGUAAAGAAGGAGUAAUGAACCCCGGUUAAAGCAUGAAACACUACUUUUCAAGGUGAAGACUUACGGGCACAUGUUAUGGCAGAUUGAAGUCACCUCACUUCAUGGGGGAGAAAUAACUUGUUCAUAAAUUGGUGAUGCCAAUAAAUUCAUUCAUGGUUCACUCUCA